UCACAUAUCCCUCCAUUACCAUUAUUGAUCCAUUCUCUCUGUCACUCGCUCCAUACAUAUGACACACAAUACAUUCUCUUAAUUACUUACUUAAUUUCUUGUCUUUUGGAGCUGGACUGCCAUUCUCACUGCCUCAGGAUCGUAAUCACAAGUCACGAAAUUGCAGAAACUGUGAGAUAGAGAGAGCAAGCUUAAGCUCAAGCUGAAGCACAGUACGGUCCGUCCAUGGCGGGACAGCAGCUGCAAGUGCUGAACGCACUAGAUGUCGCCAAGACCCAACUCUACCAUUUCACCGCCAUCGUCAUCGCCGGAAUGGGCUUCUUCACCGAUGCCUACGACCUCUUCUGCAUCUCCCUCGUCACCAAGCUCCUCGGUCGGAUUUACUACCACCAACCCGGCGCCGCCAAGCCCGGCACCCUCCCGCCCAACGUCUCCGCCGCCGUCAACGGUGUCGCCUUCUGCGGGACCCUCGCCGGCCAGCUCUUCUUCGGCUGGCUCGGCGACAAACUCGGCCGGAAAAAAGUCUACGGCAUGACCCUAAUGCUCAUGGUCAUCUGCUCCGUCGCCUCCGGCCUCUCCUUCGGCGACCGCCCAAAAUCCGUCAUGGCCACGCUCUGCUUCUUCCGCUUCUGGCUCGGCUUCGGCAUCGGCGGCGACUACCCUCUCUCCGCCACCAUCAUGUCGGAAUACGCCAACAAGAAAACCCGCGGCGCGUUCAUCGCCGCCGUGUUCGCGAUGCAGGGGUUCGGAAUCUUGGCCGGCGGGAUGGUGGCGAUCAUCAUCUCCGCCGCGUUCAAAUCCGCCUUUCCGGCGCCGGCGUAUCAGGUCGCCGCCGCCGCCUCCACCGUGCCGCAGGCCGACUACGUCUGGCGCCUGAUUCUAAUGUUCGGCGCACUCCCGGCCGCCCUUACGUACUACUGGCGGAUGAAGAUGCCGGAAACCGCCAGGUACACCGCCCUGGUGGCGAAAAACGCGAAACAGGCCGCCACCGAUAUGUCGAAAGUGCUGCAAGUCGAGGUCGAGGCGGAGCCGGAGAAAAUCGACCGGCUUUCGGCGGAGACGGGGCAAAAUUUCGGAUUAUUUUCACGCGAAUUUCUCCGGCGCCACGGCCUGCAUUUGCUCGGCACGACGUCGACGUGGUUCCUCCUCGACAUCGCGUUCUACAGCCAGAAUCUAUUCCAGAAGGACAUAUUCAGCGCGAUCGGAUGGAUUCCAUCGGCAAAGACAAUGAAUGCAUUGGAAGAGGUAUACCGAAUCGCGCGGGCGCAGACGUUGAUCGCCCUCUGCAGCACGGUGCCGGGCUACUGGUUCACGGUGGCGUUCAUCGACAGAAUCGGUCGUUUCGUGAUCCAAUUGAUGGGAUUCUUCUUCAUGACCGUGUUCAUGUUCGCGCUCGCCAUUCCUUACAAUCACUGGACUCAUAAGGACAAUCGGAUCGGGUUCGUGAUCAUGUACUCCUUGACGUUCUUCUUCGCGAAUUUCGGUCCUAACGCGACGACGUUCGUGGUGCCGGCGGAGAUCUUUCCGGCGAGGCUGCGGUCGACCUGUCACGGCAUAUCGGCGGCUGCCGGAAAGGCGGGGGCGAUCGUGGGGGCGUUUGGGUUCUUGUACGCAGCGCAGCCCAAGGAUCCGGCGAAGAGGGACGCGGGGUAUCCGGCGGGGAUAGGGGUGAAGUAUUCGCUGAUUGUGCUGGGGUGUGUGAACGCGCUGGGGAUGCUGUUCACGCUGCUGGUGCCGGAGUCGAAAGGGCGGUCUUUGGAGGAGAUGUCGAAGGAGAACGAGGGGGGUGAGAAUGCCAGCGUGGAAAUGAGAGGCCAAGAGGUUAGGACGGUUCCAGUUUGAUGAGGUUUGGGAGUAGUAGUAGUAUUUGAUGCAUGUAAUGGACUGUACUAUUUGUGUCGAAGGUGUAAUAAACUCCUUUUGUAUGUGCAAGUUUUGUGCGAUUGUUGGGUGUAUAAUAAUAUUACGAGGAACGUAUUUUUUUAA